AUGAAAUCCAAUCUGAUUUCUGCUGCUCUUGUUCUCUGCAUUGCUACUCUUGCUUCAGUUCAUGCAUCCCCAAAUCCUUCUUGUAGGCAAUAUAUCAAUGAGCGCAAAAUUUGUAUUAAAAAUGCUGGCAAUAUUUCCAAAGAGGAUUGCAUAUGUAAUUCUGAAAAAUUAUUCACUUUAUAUAAUGAAUGCCAUGGAUCUGACGAUCCUGAGCAAUUCUUCAUAACCGAACUCUGUAACAUUGAUUCCAACCGUAAAAAAGUCAUCAAAGGUUCUGGUUCUAAUUCUGACGUCUUGAUGAAGAGGAAGGUCGAACCAGAGCAAAAAGAACCUAAAAAAGAACAAGAAAAUAAAGAUAAAGAAGCACCCAAAGAACAAGAGAAAGAAGUUAAAGAUAAAGAAGCACCCAAAGAGCAAGAACAGGACGAUAAAGACAAAGAAGAACCCAAAGAACAAGAACAAGAGAAAGAUGUUAAAGACAAAGAAGAACCCAAAGAACAAGAACAAGACGAUAAAGACAAAGAAGCACCCAAAGAACAAGAACAAGAGAAAGAC